AUGGGGAGAAAGCACCGAUGGGGUGUCAUUAUCGACGCCGGGUCCUCUGGCAGCAGGCUGCACGUCUACCGCUGGAAGGAUCCAUCAAAAGCCAUUAAGGACGCGUCAAAAGAGGAACUUCACAGCCUCCCCAAGAUCAAGACAAAAUGGACAAAGAAGAUUCGGCCCGGAAUCUCAACGUUUGGCGAGCGGCCGGCGCAGGUCGGCGCCGACCAUCUCCAGGAACUCAUCGACUAUGCGCUCGAAGUCGUCCCCGAAGACAUGGUUGCUGACACUCCCAUCUUUCUGAUGGCCACGGCCGGCAUGCGCUUCCUCCCACAACUGCAGCAAACUGCCCUGCUCCGCGAGACCUGCUCUUACCUCCAGCAGCACACCAAAUUCUCCCUCCCCGACUGCGCACAGAACAUCCAGGUCAUCCCUGGCGAGACCGAGGGCCUUUACGGCUGGCUCGCUGCCAACUACCUCCUCGGUGGCUUUGACCACCCGGAGGAGCAUAACCAUGGCCAAAACCACAACACAUACGGCUUCCUCGACAUGGGUGGCGCGUCUGCCCAAAUUGCCUUUGCCCCGAAUACGACCGAGGCCGCCCAACACGCCGACAACUUAAAGUUGAUCCGCCUGCGCACACUCGACGGUAACCCCGCAGAGCAUCGUGUGUUCACGGCAACGUGGCUUGGCUUUGGCGUCAACAAGGCGCGCGAGUCGUACGUCAAGUCGCUGACCGAUGCCCACCAAGAUCUAAUUACGAACGGCGUCGACGUCCCCGACCCGUGCAUGCCCAAGGGCCUCCGGACAACACUCGACGGAACACUGGCAGGGCCCGCUGGGUCUGGUAUUCCCGCCCUGGUCGGCACGGGCGACUUUGCCAGCUGCUUGAUCGAAACAAAGCCUCUCUUGGCCAAGGACACGACCUGCGGCGAAGGCUCGCAGCCUUGUCUGAUUCACGACCCGGUCCCGAGCAUCGACUUCAACAUCAACCACUUUGUUGGCGUCUCCGAGUACUACCACUCCACGCAUGGCUUCUUCGGCGAGAAGGGCGACCUUGCGUACGACUUCAGUACGUACCAGAAGAAGGUACUUGAUUUCUGCAACCAGGACUGGUCCAAGAUCGAUGCGAAGAUCGAGGGCACCAGUGGUUCCGACAAGGAGACGCGGAAAAAGAAGGACAAGGAUAUCAAUCGUACGCUUCAAGAUGCCCAGCAGGCCUGUUUCAAAGCGUCAUGGGUGAUCAACGUCCUGCACGAAGGCAUUGGUAUUCCACGCAUCGGCCUCGACAAACUCCCCGGGCUCAACGUGUCUGGUGAUGCUGUGGAGGAGUCCAAGAGCUCGAGCUACCUCACGCCCUUCCGCCCGGUCGAUAAGAUUGACAGCGUUGAGGUCAGCUGGACGCUGGGCAGGAUCUUGCUGUACGCUUCUGGGCAAAUUCCACCGCGCAACGUGCGCGGCAGCGGUGGUGGAAGCACCAUUGGCGCCGGCAAGGGUGUGGCCGUUGGCUUUGGUAGCAAUUCUAAGGACGGCAGCAUUCCGUCCGACUUUACCUAUGCAGGCUCGACCUGGGAGCCGCUCAAGGUGGGCAGCGGUGGGAGCAAGAGCGACGAUGACUGGAGCGACAAGGCAGACGACAUCUUUGAUAAGGCACGCGAAAAGUCUGCGAUCCCGAGCGUCUUCUUCUUCCUUCUGAUCGUGCUGCUCUUUGUGUUCCUCUUACGGAAGAAGGAGCGCCGCGUCCGCCUUUACAACAAGUUCGGCACGCUUAUCCGUCGCUCGCGGUGGCCUGGCAGCCCACGCAAGCCCGGCCGGUUUAGUAGCACGAUCGGCAGCGGUUCGGGCUCCGCCAACAAUGGCAACGGCGCGCUGGCCGGCCUCGCCAAGAUGCUGUUCCGUCGGCACUCGCGCGACUACGAGCGUGUGCUCGAGGAGGGCCAGAUGGACCAGUUUGAGCUGAACGAUGUCGAUCUGGAAGACACGGACCUCAGCUCGGAAGGCAGCGACGGCCCCGGCAGUGCGUCAUCAAGUAUACGCCUGGCUUCCGCCGGCGCAGCGCGCCGCUCGGGCCUGGCCACGCCGACGCUGAGCGUGGACAAGUUCGACGACCUUCGGACCUCGGCGGGCAGCCAUUCUGCUAUGGACCGCAGCGGUCUCGUGGUGCGCACAGAGAGCCGUGAGCGGCUUGGCCUCGGUGGCCUGGGUGCACCGAGCCUGCAGAUGCUCAAUGCCGGCCGGCGAAGCCGUGCGACAAGCCCGACGCGACUGAAGAGCCCCAUGAUGGCACCCUUGCAGGAAGACUAG